AUGGCUCUCAUCGUCUCUGAUGUCUCGACAUUCUUCGACCCAGCUCUCUGUGCAAACAACAGGCAGAUUGUCGAUGGUGCGGUACAAAUCUGCCAGAAGGGUGCCAAUAAUGUCUGCGGCAACUGCAAGCUGGUCCAGUACUGCUCCAAACAAUGCCAGCUUUCCGACUGGAAGCAUCACAAAAUAUCAUGCAAGUCCGCCUUCAUGAAGGACUCGUGGGAACCCACUUGGUUUCGCAAAGGCCGACAACCUGCAUUCAUUGGUGGCGCACCACUCGUCCCGUUCGGUGCACAGAAAUAUCUUUGGGGCAACAUGCCCGCGUUAGAUAUUUUGAACUCCAAAAACAACGAAGGUGAGAUCAAAGUCAUUGAAAAUGAUUUGGCGCUCCUUUUUGCAGCCUCUGGCGAUCUUCGUAACGUCGUCACAUCUCUCGCGAACCUUCCCGAGACCUACGAGGGAGAAUGUCGUGUCGUACUGAACGAUAAGGAGUUUAUAAUCGUGGCGCGGAAUAUCAUCAUGCUGAUGACAGCUCUGCUGUUGGAUGCCAAGGUUGCGGUACCGAUGAUAAUCCAUCUCUGGUACUCAGCUAUACUUCCUCGUGUCAUGGUCGACGUUCUUCAGUUCAGUUUGCUACCUCUGAUAGAGGAUGUUUGUACCAAGAUCAGAAACAGGCCCGAUGGCUCAAUGCAGGCGAAACAGUUCGCUUUCAAUGGCAACAAGCUACGUAUUGUGCUCAAAAAGGAAGAGUGGUUCAAUCUCGCUAAGUUCUUCAUUGUCCCCGAGGCAGUCACUCUAGAGAAAUCUCAGAUGAUCCGCCGUCGCGUUACUCUAGCGCCAGAAAGGGUCGACUACCGUGAGCGUGCCAUGUUGCAGUGGCCUUGCGCCCUGAGGGAGGUGGAUAUACACUUCCGCAGGGAGGGCGUACUUCUUCCGUAUGGGUGCUCGAUAGCAGCUUUCGACACUCCAAACCCGACGCUAUUCCAGGAUAGUGACUGGCCCAUGAAAGACAGCUCAAAUCCCCGUGAAGGCUGGUCCUACCACAAAUAUAUGAAGCAUGCACCAGUGGCUAAGGCAGAUGAACACGGAGCUGUCUUCUUCUAUGUGCGCGACCUGUUGAACAGGUUCUGCACCCGUCUCCAAAAAGCCAAGAUAUCUUUCCAAAUGUCUUGUAUGGAUGCCCGCGAUCUUGGACCAUACCUGCAAGACAUGAAAUUCGAUCGUAUCGAGAUUUCAAAUAUCUGUGACCGUGGCUUCCUUGGACCACAUUCUUGCGUCCAGAUCUUUUCACCACUCCUCAAGCUGAGGUCUGACAGUCCAAAAGCUGCUCUUCUCAUGCUCUUCCUCAAUGCCGCUACUGAAACAGAGAAUGCCAACAAAGGAUCUGAUAAGUGGCGAUCUGACCUUAUGCGUGCUGCGCGUCGUCUCGACAAAUACAUGCCUCUCGACCGUACGGAACUCGGUCACAUCACGAAUGCAGGGGAUCCUGGCUUCAUUCGCCGUACUAGCUGUCAUGAUAUGUUCAAGGACUGGGAACACUGGUUUGAUUGUUUCCUGAAGGACAGCGAGUUUGCUACAUUCGCACAUAUACAUGGGCUCAAAAUCAGGAAGAAGCACGCUAUCGUGGAGCCUUGGCCGUACAAGAUCGGAGUCCGGACUACAAAGAAAGAAUUCGACAUAUUGCGAGCGGGAAGUGUGACUGGCUAUGAGCGUUACAUCGAGCUAGAGAGGCAACACAAUGAGGAUGAGGGAUGA